GUCUCUUCAUCCUUCAGGACUCCAGAAGACCUUUCCAGAUUCGUGGUGGAGCUGCAGCAGCGGGAGCUGGCCCUGAAGGAGAGGAACAGCGCCAUCACUAGCAGGCAGCCAUGGAGGACCUGGGGGAGAACACCACCGUCUUGUCCACGCUGAGGUCUCUGAACAACUUCAUUUCUCAGCGCGUGGAGGGAGGAUCCGGCCUGGACGUGUCCACGUGUGCGCCGGGUUCCCUGCAGAAGCAGUACCAGCAGAGUAUGCAGCUGGAGGAACGAGCAGAGCAGAUCCGCUCUAAGUCCUAUGUCAUCCGGAUGGAGCGGGAGAAGAUGCAGAUGGAGCUGAGCCACAAGCGAGCUCGCGUGGAGCUGGAGAAGGCCGCCAGCACCAGUGCCAGGAGUUAUGAGCGUGAGGUUGACCGCAACCAGGAGCUCCUGGCGCGCAUCCGGCAGCUUCAGGAACGGGAGACCGAGGCGGAGGAGAAGAUGCAGGAGCAACUGGAGCGCCACAGGCUGUGCAAGCAGAGCCUGGAUGCCGCCAGCCUGCAGCUGCGGGAGCAGGAGGACGGCCUGGCUGCGGCCAGCGAGACCAUCAGUGCGUUAAAGGGGCGAGUCUCAGAGCUGCGGUGGAGCGUGCUGGACCAGGAGGUGCAGGUGAAGCGCCUCGAGUCUGAGAAGCAGGAGCUGCAGGAGCAGCUGGACCUGCAGCACAGAAAAUGCCAAGAAGCGAAUCAGAAGAUCCAGGAGCUGCAGGCUGGCCAAGAAGCAAGAGCAGACCAGGAGCAGAAGGUUAAGGACCUGGAGCAGAAGCUGUGCCUGCAGGAGCAGGACGCCGCUGUCAUCAGGAACAUGAAGUCGGAGCUGCUGCGUCUGCCGAGGAUGGAGCGGGAGCUGAAGCGGCUGCGGGAGGAGAACGCGCACCUGCGGGAGAUGAAGGAGACCAAUGGGCUCCUCACGGAGGAGCUGGAGGGGCUGCAGAGGAAGCUGGGCCGCCAGGAGAAGCUGCAGGGAGCUCUGGUAGACCUGGAACUGGAGAAAGAGAGGCUGCUGGCGAAGCUGCAGAGCUGGGAGAGGCUGGACCAGACCAUGGGCUUGAACCUCAGGUAGGUGGCUGCCCUGCCCUCUCCAGCAGGCUUCUUGUGUGCGAGG